AUGCCAGUCGCCGGUGAGCCGUUACUUGACGAUCUCUCCAAUGAUCCUACUCAGAGAACUCGAUGGAGCUAUACAAGUUCCUCUGAUCUUCCGUUACCCGACGAGGAUCCUACGCAGCCCUUCUGUCCUCGUCAUUCCGCCACUAUUGCUCAUUUAAAUAACAGUUAUUUUGGCCCUUUUCCAAUUGGUUUGGAUUCAACAACUCCCCAUCGCGAUUGGCAUUUUGGGAACCUUGAUUACAUUCUGUCGCAUCGAAGCUGGUGCCUAGUGUGUGGCCUUAUUGCAAAUGUUAUUGAUGAAGAUCCUGCAAACUCUAUGUCGGAACAUAGCAAUGCAGAAAUUAUCGCUUGCUGGAUUUGGGAUGGAGUGCUUCAUGAAAGCGGCAGCGAAAUGGGAACUCUCCGGCUUAGGAUCGCCCCGGAGAUGGUUGGCUGGGAAGACCUGUUUGAGCCUUUCGAUCUCGUUCCCUUGGCAGACAGUGGCACAAAUGACAGUUUAUUUCUAGGACGAAGUCUUAAGGAAGACCAGUUCGACAUGGAACUGGUCAAACAUUGGACCAAGAGCUGCGCUGAAUGGCAUGGCAGCGAGUGCAUGGAUACGGCGCCGUGGCAGACUUCCCAUUUUGGCGCGCCAUUCAUCCGAAUAAUCUCCCUGACUGACAACAACUUGAUUGAAACAUCUUGCCCACCACCUUAUGUAGCAUUGAGCUAUGUAUGGGGGGCUGCUCCCGUAUUCAAGACGCUACAGAGCAAUGUCCAAGACUUGAUGCGGCUACAAGGCCUACCAAUUUCGUCUCUUCCGAAGUCAAUUCGCGAUGCUAUGGUUCUAGCACGAAAUCUCGGCUUUCAGUACAUCUGGAUUGAUUCCGUAUGCAUCAUACAAGAUUCCGCAGAAGAUAAGGUACAGCAGCUUCGCAUGAUGGACAGCAUAUAUAGUCGUGCAAGUCUCACAAUUGUUGCUGCGGCUGGUUCUCAUGCCAACGCGGGAAUCCCUGGUUUAGAAGCAGCAACCAGAUCUCGGAAACAGCAUAUAGUUCAGAUUUCGAAAGACUUGACUCUUGUGGCCCUUCAUCCAGAUACCUAUCGCAGCGCGACGACAACAACAUGGAAUACCAGAGGUUGGACAUACCAGGAACGUCUUCUCUCAAAACGGUGUGUUUUCUCCUUCCCUGAUGGGUCUGUGGGCUUCCAGUGCUCAAAGGCUGUUUGGGGGGAAGAUUACUACGCUGAGACACCAGAUUUAAAGCGUUGCGCGCCUAUGAUGGACAUCUCGUUGAAUCGAACCUGGAUGGCUCCCGGAUCUGCUCAAGAGAGAGGCGCUCCAACUGUGCAUAUAACAAAUACACCUUAUAUGCAUGAAUACUGUCGACUUGUCGAAGAAUACACUGGACGUGAUAUGUCAUACCCGAGUGAUCGAUUACCCGGCAUCAAUGGUGUUCUGGAUGUCUUUCGAAGAGAGUUCUGUCUUCAAUUCUUUCAAGGGCUACCGGAAGUCCUCAUUCAUAUGGCUCUUCUCUGGCAACCACGCAACAAGCUAAAGCGCGUUCCCAAAGAUCCAAAAACCGGUCUACCUUUUUUUCCGAGUUGGUCAUGGGCUGGUUGGACUGGGCCAGUUGGUUAUGAAGACUGGAAUGCCUUCAAUAGUAUGCCUGAGCUGGAGGUUCGUGCAAAGCGCCCCGAAGACGUCAAUGCAUUCAGGGAGCCACUUUGGCUCAGUCUGCGCACGCGUGUCGCGCGUUUCAGAUUAACAAAUCUUGUCCUAAGUUCUGAUUAUAAUAAAGACGACUUUCCUAUCGAGAGACGUGGGCGCUUUGGGAUUUCCUUACCAUCACCAUCCGCAGGGGACCGGCCUUGGUUGGGGACUAUUCUCUUACCCGUCCAGUAUCAUGCCAAGAUGGCCCAGGAUCAUGAGUUCAUCAUUCUAUCGGAAAGCUAUGGGUUCGAUCGCCAAGAGAUGGCACCAGCGGCUGCCAGCAAAAUGAAACCAUUUGAGGUGUAUGAUGUUAUGAUGAUACGAAGGCUUGCUGGCGAGGAGUUGGCGCAAUAUCAAGUCCAAAUAGCGAAGACUUCCUUCUCAAAGUCAAUGGAUAAAUGGGUUGAUGGGAAAAAUUUUGUGGAGAGGAUUGGAGUUGGAAGGAUGGUUAAAAAUGCUUGGAAUGAUGAUGGCCACUGGGAAGAUUUUGUUCUGAUCUGA